AUGUCUACAUGCGACAAUCCGCGGAAUACCGCGAGAGCCACAAAUGGCGCGUCCAAGAAGAUUCAGAAGGCACAACACAUACGUGCUCCAAAGCGGGGGGCUUUCAGGCAAGGUCUGACGCAUAAGGACAGCUUCACUGAGGAAGACAAGGAGAAUUCGCAGGAGGGACCGUCAAGUUCCUCUAGCAAGCGGGAGACAGCAGAGACAGUAUACUUUGGCAUGGGAGACACACCGCGGAAAAAGCAGAAAACCAAGAACGUUCACACGGCGCCCGUUGAGUUUAAGAGGAAGUCGUUCGGGAAAGACAAGCCAAGUACUUCGUCAUCCAUACCUAAGAAAAGCGAGCUCAGUCACCUUCAUGAUCUUGACAACGCAUUGAGUAACAUGCUUGACGAGCACGAACAUUAUGCCGAAGUGUCUGACGAUGAGCAACCAUCGCCUGCAACUAAACGUCGGCGGACGAUUCAAAGGCUGCCAGCUGGCUACGCAACGUCGUCAAAUCCCACCACCAAAGACUCUCAAACGACCGCUCCCAGCUCACCGCUGACCUCCAUUCCCGACCACGAUGACGAAGAGCCGAACACCAAUGGAGGAGACCUCGCACAAGACGAAGACUCAAUAUGCGCUUUAUGCCAGGAAGAAGUCGAUCCCGAAGAGCAACAGGAAUUCUGGGCUGAGCACAGCAAUCGAACAGUCCGAGACCAGAUGCGUUUCUGCAAAGAACACAAACGGUCAAAAGCACAGAAGGAAUUCAAAGAGCAAGGUUUCCCGGAGAUAGACUGGGCCAGCCUACCAUGCAGGAUAAGCAGCUUCCGGCCAGACUUAAUCGCAUUGUUACGAAACGAAACGAAAGAAGAAAGUGUAUACCGCACUAAGCACGCCAAACGUCUUGUCUCAGGAAAAGCGGCAGCUUUACCAUCGAAAAGAAAAGGACGGAAAGCGCAAGCACUUGAGCAAGACACACUCAACGACGUUGACACCACGUCGUCAUCUACAGGCUACUACGGCCCUCGGGGAAAGCGCGUCAUGAUGGAAGUCAUCACUGCGGAUCUUUCAGACGUCAUCCGGGAAGUCGCAGCGAAAGACCCCGUGGUCGGUCGGUCGGGUUUCGCGAUGUUUCUGCAGGCUGUGCUUGUGCCGGAGCUCACGCUGUUACUAGUCAUGGAUGAUAUGCAAGUGGACAAGGGGGCGGCGCAGGGGCUUGUGAAGCAGAGCGGGGAGCUGGGGACGCUGUUACAUGAGGAGAUUGAGGAUGAGGUGAGGUUGGCGAGUGAGGAUGAGGAAGAAGAGGAGGAUUAUUGA